GUCAUCUUCACAAGACCCGGGUCAGCUUUGGUUACAUGUUUUUCCCAAAUCGGUCUACAAUUGCUGUCUUUUGCUUUUGCGGAAAAAAGAAAAUUGUAUGUUUCCAAUGAUGUCGUCCAGAUUUGUGCAGAAUGGAGUACAAAAGGAAGAUAUUUUCAAUUAGCGUCUAAGAUCUAUUUGGAGAAGUUUUUACGCGUACAUAAUCGGUAUUUCCUGAUGCUGAGUAAAUAGGCUGUUGGUGAUGUAGGCUUCUCAAUUUUAUUCAACUCAUCAAAGCGAUGAGCGGAGGGCUGCUCGGAGGCAUGAAGACUCGCUAGAAAUCAUGUGUCGCGGAUUGCUGAUAAACUUGGGGAAUAUGUGAGCAGAAACAUCGCAAUCGUACAUCCCCACCUGGGAGACGGGCGGACGUCCUUCGCCAGUAAUAAUUACAGGAAAAUCGCUUUCGUUUGUUUUGGUGCCUGAUUGCACACUCAGGGGCGAGAACUGCUGCUUAGCCCUGCUGAGUUCUUCAACAAUUCCGAUAAAUAAUACAAAUUUUUAAAAAGGAAAAAAGAAUGGGAGAAACAAGUAGCCUACCAAAUAGAUUUUCAUUUGAGAUUGGAUUGUGGUUUUAACAGAAUGUAGGCAGUUACGGCGAUCCGGACUCCAGAAUUGCAUCUGGAAAAUAAAUAUGACGGUAUGACUAGUUAUCCGUUAUCCCAGUCUCCGUAAGUUUGGGUUACACAAGGGGUGUUUCCCUUGGAAAUCUGAUAACAGUAUAAUAUUGUGUAGUAUUAGUGACAGCAUUGUGUGUAUGCUUACGUUUAAACGAUGGUAACGCAUCGCUUCUCGCGUCGAUUGAGAUGUAGUUAUUGGACUUGCUCGAAAUAUAUCUAUGUGUGUUACUGACAAAACAAGGACCUUUUUAGCCGGAACAAUGGGACAGUAGCGAAGAAUCGGGACACAAAAGGUGGCAGUUUGUGUUGUCGGUGCUUCGUGUGCGGAGCCGAACAGCGCUUCUCUGAGACAUGGCAGCGGCGAUCGCCAGCGGUUUGAUCCGCCAAAAGAGACAGGCUCGGGAGCAACACAUCGACCGGCCCUCGACCCACAGGCGGCGGAAGAGCCCGAGCAAGAACAAGGGUCUCUGCAACGGAAACCUGGUCGAUAUCUUCUCCAAAGUGAGAAUCUUCGGUCUCAGGAAGAGACGCCUACGGAGACAAGAUCCCCAGCUCAAGGGAAUAGUGACCAGGUUGUAUUGCAGGCAGGGAUUCUACCUGCAGAUGAACCCAGAUGGAUCUCUCGAUGGAACCAAGGAUGACAGCAGCAAUUCCUCUUUGUUCAACCUCAUCCCUGUGGGUCUUCGAGUCGUCGCCAUUCAGUCCGUGAAGACGGGGUUGUACAUCGCCAUGAAUGGAGAGGGCCACCUGUACACGUCGGAACUCUUUACGGCGGAAUGCAAGUUCAAAGAGUCGGUGUUUGAGAACUACUACGUGAUCUACUCGUCCAUGCUGUAUCGACAGCAGGAGUCGGGCAGGGCCUGGUUCCUGGGCCUCAACAAGGAGGGCCAAGCCAUGAAGGGCAACCGCGUGAAGAAAACCAAACCAGCUGCACAUUUCCUGCCCAAGCCAUUAGAAGUCGCUAUGUACAGAGAGCCGUCGCUGCACGAUGUGGGGGAGACCCCCCCGAAGGCCGGGGCGCCGGCCACUAAGAGCGCCGCGGAGCCGGCGGUGAUGAACGGCGGGAAACCGGUCAGCAAACCCGCCGCCAAGACUACAUAG